AUGGCUUUUUUUUCAUCAGACCUUUUCCCUAACACAUUGAGCUUUAUUGUAUUUGUUUCUUACAUGGGACUGUUUAUAAAUCAAGGUAUUUUAGUUACAGCAAGCAAAUCAGAGGAUAACAGUUACAGUUACAACACAGUUACUGUAGUAUUGCUUACAGAAGUGGCCAAACUGGUAGCAUCUAGCUUGGUGUUUAUCAAAGAUCAGUCAGUAAAACGGCUGUUUGCUGAUAUAGUCACUUAUAAAAAAGUGCUGUUUUUGUAUCUGAUCCCCGCGGUCCUGUACUGCCUGUACAACAACUUGCAGUUUGUCAACUUGUCAGCAUAUGACCCCACCACCUACUACCUGCUGCUUCAGUUCAGAGUUGUGGUCACUGGCAUCACAUUUCAGUUGGUCUUCAAAAAGAAGCUGAGCCAUAUCCAGUGGAUGUCCUUGUUACUUUUAACUGUUGGCUGCAUCAUAAAGGAAGUUAAUCAUGAUGUAUCCGGUGGCGAGACAGUCCCAGCAACUUCGACUUCUUUGUUUGAUUUUCUUGAUAUACACCUGUUUUUUAUCAUGUUGCAGGUUUUCUCAUCUUGUUUUGCUGGUGUCUACAAUGAAUUUCUACUGAAGGACACCGGUGCAGAUGUGCAUAUAAUGAUGGCCAAUGUCUUCAUGUACAUAAACUCCAUAGUGUGCAAUAUCCUGUUAUUGGCUGUUCGAGGUCAGUUAUCUGAAGCUUUCAUUUUUUCAAACAUGGAGUCCAUUAUGAAACCCAGAGUUCUGGCAAUAAUAAUCAACAAUGCAGCCAUAGGCAUUGUCACCAGUCUCUUUCUUCGCAGUCUCAACUCCAUCUUGAAGACGUUUGCCAGUGCUCUUGAACUCAUGUUCACAGCUGUUCUAUGUUGGUUCAUUUUUGGUAUUCCUGUUGAUAAAUUUACAGUGCUCGCCAUUUUCAUUGUCAGUGUUGCCACCUAUAUAUAUGCCCAGAACCCAGUUGUUAACAAAGCAAGGUCAGACAUCGAACUAGAUUUUAAAAAGAAAUUAGAAAUCAAUGGAAUAAGUACGCCUGAAACAUCAUCGCCAGGACGUAGACACAAAUUAGUUUUGUCUGUGUAG